CUCCCCUGCCGCGGGCGGCCGUGUGAGCGCGUCAUGGCCGCCUCGAAGCCCGUGGAGGCGGCGGGGAGCGGCGGCGGCGGUGCCGGCUCGGGCUUGUCGCGCUGGCAGCUGGCGUUGGUACUGGGGGCGCCUAUACUGCUGGGCGCCGGCGCACUCUACCUGUGGGGAAGACGGGCGGCCCGCCGCGGCGGCAAGGGCGCGAAUGAGCGGAAGACUCCUGAGGGUCGGGCGAGCCCCGGGCCCUGCGGCAGCGGCCAACCCGAUGGGCCCGGCCAUGAGGAGACGAGCCCUCUGGAUAGAGCCCAAGCAGCCAAGAACAAAGGAAACAAAUACUUUAAAGCAGGAAAGUAUGAGCAGGCUAUUCAGUGUUACACUGAGGCCAUUAGCCUGUGCCCUCCUGAGAAGAACCUUGAUCUUUCUACCUUCUAUCAGAAUAGAGCUGCUGCCUAUGAACAACUGCAAAAAUGGACAGAAGUGGCACAAGACUGCACAAAGGCUGUUGAGCUUAAUCCUAAAUAUGUAAAAGCUCUCUUCAGACGAGCAAAGGCUCACGAGAAGCUAGACAAUAAGAAGGAAUGUUUAGAAGAUGUCACUGCAGUCUGCAUUUUAGAAGCCUUCCAAAACCAGCAAAGCAUGCUGUUAGCUGAUAAAGUUCUUAAACUCCUUGGAAAAGAAAAGGCCAAAGAGAAAUAUAAGAAUCGUGAGCCUCUGAUGCCCUCACCACAGUUCAUUAAAUCCUACUUCAGUUCUUUCACAGAUGAUAUAAUCUCUCAACCUUUGCUUAAGGGUGAGAAAUCAGAUGAGGAUAAGGAUAAGGAGGGAGAGGCUUCUGAAGUAAAAGAAAACUCUGGCUAUUUGAGAGCAAAACAAUAUAUGGAAGAAGAGAAUUAUGACAAAAUUAUCAGUGAAAGCACUAAAGAAAUCGAAGCAAAGGGAAAGUACAUGGCAGAAGCUUUGCUUCUACGAGCUACUUUCUACCUGCUUAUUGGCAAUGCAAAUGCUGCCAAACCAGACUUAGAUCAGGUCAUCAGCAUGGAGGAUGCAAAUGUGAAGCUCCGAGCUAAUGCUCUGAUCAAACGGGGCAGUAUGUUCAUGCAGCAGCAGCAACCGGUGCUGUCCACUCAGGACUUCAACAUGGCUGCUGACAUUGAUCCUCAGAAUGCAGAUGUUUACCACCAUCGAGGACAACUGAAAAUCUUGCUUGACCAAAUUGAAGAGGCUGUGGAAGACUUUGAUGAAUGCAUCCGAUUGCGACCUGAUUCUGCCUUGGCUCAAGCACAGAAAUGUUUUGCUCUGUAUCGCCAGGCUUAUACAGGAAAUAAUCCUUUGCCUGUGCAAGUAGCCAUGAAAGGCUUUGAAGAUGUCAUUAAAAAAUUCCCAAAGUGUGCUGAAGGCUACGCACUCUAUGCUCAGGCACUAACUGAUCAGCAGCAGUUUGGCAAGGCUGAUGAGAUGUACGAUAAAUGCAUUGACCUUGAACCAGACAAUGCAACUACAUAUGUUCAUAAAGGUUUACUUCAGCUCCAGUGGAAGCAAGAUUUAGACAAAGGAUUAGAACUCAUUAGCAAGGCCAUUGAAAUUGAUAACAAAUGUGAUUUUGCAUAUGAAACCAUGGGAACGAUUGAAGUGCAAAGAGGUAAUCUGGAUAAAGCCAUUGAAAUGUUCAACAAAGCGAUCAACCUGGCCAAAUCUGAAAUGGAGAUGGCCCACCUCUACUCACUCUGUGAUGCUGCCUAUGCCCAGACAGAAGUUGCAAAGAAGUAUGGAUUGAAACCACCAACACUGUAAAUCAUGGAGGAGGACAUGACAUUCUAAAGUGAAGUUGCUCACUUCAGCCAGCCCUAAAGACGCUGUUGCAGACCAUGUUGAAUGGUGGAACUUAGUUUUUUUCCUGUUCGUGGUGUUGUCAUUUGCUACAUCUGUUCAAUGUUUAGGUGUUGUGGGAGUGGUUGCUCAAGGAAGUAAUGCAGUGCUGCAUCUUGUUCCCUCUGCAGUAAAAACCUUAAAAUGUAGUAAGGGAAAUAAAUCUGCAGGAGAACAACAACAACAAAAAAAAAGAUAAUUUUGGCCAUGCAAAUAAAAACUUCACAGUGGUUCAUUUGGGGGUGAUUAUGCUGUGGGCAAUUUUUGCUUUCUAAAUUAACAUUACAGCAUGUGGGGUUGUUCUUGUUUUUUCUGUUGAUUUUAAAGUUAAUACCAGUCAGUGCUGUAAAAUAGGUUUCUUUUCUUUUAUAUGAAGUUAAUCCUUGAGGGUUGGUUUUAAUUUUGCAAAAAGGAAAAAAAAAUCAUUUCAAACUGUUUAAUAAUAGAGGGUUUUUUAAAAUCCAUAGAUGUGGAGAGAAGCCCUGUAAAUACAUGCAGGCAUGCACAAUCUUCCCUUAAAGCCUCUCCCACUCUGCAUAACUUAGAAAUUGUCCAGUGGCAGCUAUUAGAGAAUUAAGUUGAUAGUCCUUGUUCUCACCCCAGGAAGCCCCUAGUGUACUGUAUGGGAGAGCUAGUUACAGAAGGUGCAGAAGGUGGCUGGGGAAGGAGCUCAGGUAGUGCUGCUUCAGUGUAGGCUUCACUGGAAAAAAGGCUCUAUUCCUGUGCUGCAGUUCUUGAAUGUCACAAGAAAUUGUUCUGGAGGGUUCAAAAGGACUUUUCAAGAACAGAAGGCACUGCUGGGAGUAGAGCUGCCAAGGUAAGGUCAUGCUUGCAUAUCAUCUUUGUAACUCUCUGCCGCUCUUGUUUAAAUGUAACAGCUAAUAGACUCCCUACAUUCUCUGCAGUCUGUACAGAGUGCUGUCAUCUGAUCUGCUCCUGGGAGUAGCCCCUUUGCAGAAUGACGUGAGAUAAGGAACAAAGCAUAGACUAACACUUCAAAUAAUGGGUUUAGAAUUUGUACUGCUUUCCUUGUGUUUAGACCCUGCCAUGUCCAAGAUUAUAAACGCUGCAACUGCUCUGCAAACAGCACACUGGUGAAUUAUUUCAUAUUGGUAAAAAGCCUCUUCCUCUAGCUAGGAAUGUCCUAGAGAGGCUCCCUUUCUUUGGGGGUGAUCUUUCUGGUGUGGAAGUCAGCCCUCUUACCUCUCCCUGGAUUGAUGUGGUUGGAUAAAUCUCAUGCAAACACUUAACUGCUGCAGCUUAAUUUACAAUACACUAAUUUGGGCUUCUUUCCAUCCUGAAAUCCUAGAUCUGCUUUUGCUGAAUUGUCUAAUGUAUUUAAUCUUUGGAAGAAAUGAACCAUGUUGUAGUCAGACUGUCUUGUCCUCUAGUUGUGCCACCAUAUAGCAGCAGCUUGUAUUUUCAACCUGACCUUCCUUCCUCCCAGCAGCUACAGUUGAGAAUUCAAAGGUGGAGAGCAGACAUAAAGAUUUAAUCAUUGUAGUUUAGCUAGCUCAAUAGGUGACCUGAAAUCAUAAUAUUGGUGUAGAAUUGAAGGCAUUGGAAGGUACUGGCAGCUUCUAAGGACACUGCACAUAAGAGUCUAAUGUCUUCUGGAUCUUCCCCACUCUCUGCAUCAUUGCAUGAGAACAAAAUGAAGCCAGAGUGACUGAUGUGUCCUGUUGUCCUGAGGAGUUUUUAUUUGCAUGGCCUUAUUUACAUUGGCAUUUUCUCCUCUUCAUCCUAUCCAUAACCCCAUUCCUUAUCCCACCCAAUCAAUUAAGGGAAGAAAAAACAAGCAUGUGCUGUCAAUUACUAGCAUUCCAAAUCAUCACAGACUUUUGCCUGUUCUUGAACUAGUUUGAAACUGCACUGAAAGGAUGCAUUGUCUGUAUUUUUUUUGUAAAUGACGUUAUCACCUGUAAACUGAGAAAAUAAAUAUUACCUUCAAGUAUCUCUCUCUGACAUGUAUAAGAACAGGUUCUGAUGAAAUUGUUCCAUGCAGUGGUGCUCUCUGUCUAGGAGGAACUAAGAAUGGCUGAGUCCCUGUCAUCUCCUCUUACUUCAGCCCUUAAGGAAAAAGGAGGAGGAGACAUGGGAUCAACAAGUGUUAUCUCUAUUGCUGCUCUAGCCCACAGAGGGGUGAUGAUGAGAGAUGAAGGUCACAGGGGAAAGGAAAUCCAGCCAGGAAAGCUGGAAGGGCAGAAUUAGACUGGAUAUUAGAAAGAUAUCUCUUACAGCAAGGGUGGUGAGACACUGGAACAGGUUGUCUAGGGAGAUUGUAGAUGUCCUUCCUGGAGGUGUUCAAGGCCAGACUGGAUAAGGCGUUCAGCAACCUGGUCUAGUGGAAGAUGUCCCUGCCCAUGGCAGAGGAGGUUGGAACCUCUUUAAGGUCCCUUCCAACUCAAGCCAUUCUAUGAAUCUGUGAAUGAGUAGCUGACACUUGGUUAAUAUGUGUGUGCAGAUGGAUCCCUUUAGUGAAAGGGAGUUUUUUAUUGUUGUUUUUAAUGGAUAAUAGAGUUGAGGUUUUGCUUUUAGCCAAGCAUGCAUGAGAACUUUGCAAAAUAGCUUUAAUAGGGAUCAAGAGCUGAAAUGAAACAAGUAUUAGUGCUAAAAUAAAUGAAUUAAAAAGUUGAAGUCAUGCAGGAAGCUAGUAGUGAAGAUUUGGACAAACCUAGUGUGACCUAGAGACUCUGGGAAGUUUUCUUCUACCCAGAGUUGUAUCACAUCUUAAAUCUGAUCAUGUAAAGUCCCUGUUCUUCAUGUUAGAGACAAGUUCACCACAACAGCUGAGUUGUGAGUAGGCUGUGAUUGGAAGUGAAAAGGAAACAGACAAACUGAGAAGCUAAUGGUAAACUUAUUCUAGAGCUAUUAAGAGCAGCUUACCAUGUGCUUUCAUCAGCUGCAGUGCCUGAUCACUCAGGCAUUGCUGGGUGUUCUGCCAUUGCUUUGAACAGAAUUUCAGUUCUUGAAGGUUGAAAUUCUGGAGCGGUUUCAGAGUUGCUCCUGGCUGGUUUUCUAUACUUACAGCAUACUGGUGCAUAUGUGUAAAAUGGAUACUUAAAGUGCCUGUUUUCUACCAACACUUUGCCUGUUUUAAGUGUUACCUAGCUUUUUUUCACUGACCACCCCCUCACCUCCCCUCAAAAAAAAUGUGCAGCAGUCCCAUCUGUAUCACUUCUGAGUGGAUCACACUGGAGACCCCUAAAACAUCCUUCUAAAACAUAGGUAUUGUAUAAAAACAAAUCUUUACAUUAGGGGUGGAGAGACACUGAAACUGAUUGCCCAGGGAGGCCGUGAGUGCCCCUUCCCUGGAGGUGCUCAAGGCCAGGGUGAAUGAGACCUUGAGCAACCUGGUUAAGUGGAAAGUGUCCCUGUCCAGAGAAGGGAGGUUGGAACUGGAUGAUCUCCAAGGUCCCUUUCAACCCAACCAUCCUAAAACAAGGUGUUCAGAAGCUGUCCUGGCUGAUUGAAUAGGACUUAGUUCCCCAAAUUAGCGAGCUAAAGAUUUUCACCCGUUCCCUCCCCGCUGGGAUUCCACAAGAGUAGUGUUCAGGCCAUGGAUUUGGUUGACUGUUGGAUAGUGCACUUUGCAUUUCUGCAGUUCAGUGGGCAGCUCAUGUGAGAAUCCUGUGCUGAUUUAACCCUCCCAAGGUAGCAUACAGAGGGGAGGGAGAGACAGAACAGUUUAGAAGAAUGGAUGUGUGACAGCUGCUAUCCUUUAAAGUUGGAGUUGAGUGAUGGCCAGCAUGGAUGCCAAGUCUUGAGCAUGUGGGAAGCACUCAUGAAUGCAGGAGACUUGUUUCAAAUAAGCAAAUUGGUUUUUUGGGGUUUUUUUUAUAUUUUUCAACAAAUAAAUCUUCAUUUCACCUUA